GAUAAGUUUUCAUUCACUAAGCGAUAAGCAGAAGGCGCUGUUUCUAAAAAUUGCACUUUUCUUUGUUGGAAUGGAAAAAAAUUAUACUUUGAAAAUACUUGGAGACUCAGAUUUCUCCUUUGAAAGUGAACUUGCAGUUUUAGGUCGUCGAUGUCUUGUAACCAUCGAUUGCUUGAACAGACUGACAAUGCAUGAUUUGAUUAUAGAAAUGGGUAAAGAAAUUAACCGCAGACAAUCUUCGGAAGGAGCUGGAGAAUAUAGCCAACAAUGGUUUCAUGAGGAUCGACCUUCCAAAGGUAACGGGCGACAUGGUUGGUCCAACUUCCAAGAAAAUUUGCUAGAGACUAAGUUCUUUGAGGGCGAAGCUCCCUUUGAGCACAACCUGUACUUGUCAGACCCUCCAAUAAUGGCCAUUGUGAGACUGACUGAGCAACUGAGAAGUCUAGAGGCUGAGCGAAAGUUGUGGGAGGCUGAGCGCCAGAUUUUGCGCCAACAGUUGGAGAAGAAACGAAGGGCACAUCUAGCCACUUGUGAGGAUGCUGCCAGGGCUUCUUGGCAACUAAGAGUUCAGAAUGCUGCUUUGAAUAGCGAGAAUAUUCACCUUCUUAUAUUUUUAGCAGAUGAUAGGAAAUUUGCCCCACAACUCAAUAUGGUUCUUCCCUGUUCAGAAUUGGCAUCUGAGAGUGCUUCUUCUUCAUUAGCCUCUAAUCAACCAACAAUAGCAACCGCUACUCCCGUGGCUUCGAUAAGGCCAGACACUCUUGGUUUGGACCAUGCUACUUUCCUCGACCGCCUGGUCAUUGGCAUCCAAAGCUUCGGUGAUCCAUCAGAAUCCACUCCACCUAUAAGAGGCUCUGACCUCCCACAAUAGAUAAGAUUUUCCUUUUCUAUUGGUGAGUUGAGGGCAUAUUCGAUUCCAAGUAUUUUUAUUUUAAAUUUAAUGUUGUACAUUAAUCUGAAUUGCAUGUAUAAUCAGUUUUUAAGUUCCAA